AUAGGGGUACCUGGGAAAAAAAAGACUUGAAGCAUUUUUAUACCUCCAUGCUUAAAGGAAAUUUCCACUUCUGAAGGACAUGCAGCCAUAUUUACCAGCACUGCUUCAGUAACAUUUUAUUGGUACUAAUAUGACCUUGUGAUUAAGAUUUAAGGAAUAUCAAGUUCUAUGUAAUUAAUUCAACGAUGGCUGAAAACGAGUUGCAGCAAUCACUUGAAAAUUCAAAUAGAUGCCCGAUUUGCCUAGACAAAUGCCAAGAACUAAAAACAUUAAAUUGCCAACACAGCUUCUGCAUUUUUUGUCUUCAAAACUGGAUGACAAAAAAGGGUGCACUGGAAUGUCCAAACUGCCGCAAAAUCCAUCCUGCUCCUGAGGGUGGGCUUCAAAACUUACCAUCGAAUGUAAUUGGAGAGUUAACUGCUGAAAAUUUUGAUGACAAACAUGAUCCCAUUAAGUGUUGUUGUGGUAAAGGCAAUGCAGACUUCUACUGCCAGGAUUGUAGUAAGUAUUUGUGUACUUCUUGCAAAAAUACUCAUGACCAAUUCCCUGCACUCAAGAACCACAUACUAAAGCCAACCAGUGCUACCUGGCCAGAAGUGGAACCAGAACCAUUGUGUUCACUGCAUGAAAAAGUGAUGGAAUUUUAUUGUAAAAUUUGCAAAAUUCCAGUUUGUCAAAAGUGUGUUAUUACAGAUCACAAAGAAGAUGACGGACAGCAUGAGGCAAUCAAUGUUUCUGAUGCCUUUAAUUACUUCAGAGUAACUGCAAACGCUUUGGUAAGUCAGGUCGAUGUUCAUAAGCUACAGGCACAAGCAGGAAUAAGUAAAUGUACUGUAAAUGCAUCUGAGCUUAGUAAAAGGAGAAAAGAUAUUAUAGAAGACAUUAAUAACAGUGUAGAGGAAAUAGUUACAUUAGUCAAAGAAACAGCAAAACCAUUGAAAGAAGAGGUUGAAGAAGUCUGCGAGAAAAAGAAAAAGAAAAGUAACGCUCAAAUUGAUGAACUCAAAUCAUUUAUGUCAUGUGUUGAAGAUAAACAAAAUGCCAUUGCAAAAUUAUCAAAAAGCAGAAAAGUAAACACUCUCCAAACUUUCCAACAGGCAAUUACAGAACUACAAGAACAAAUUGCUAAUUUACCAGAGAUAGAACCUAGAGAUGAUGGCAAGGUUUACUUUGUUCCAACAAAAGACUACAUAAUGAGCUCUUUCAAAAGACAAGGACUAGGUAAUUUUUUUGAAAAGACAAACAAAAAUGUCUUUGAAAUUGUAUGUGAAAAUCCACUGACUGUCACUAGUUGCCAAACUGUUCAUGUUGAAAUAGCUCUAAGAUAUAAAUGUAAAAUAGAUAUUAAAGAUCUGACAGUAUCAAAAAGAGCAGGACUCCAAAAACCCAUUGACAUGGGCAAUCACUCAAGUAUAGUUGAAUAUAGUGGCAAAUACUUCGUAAAAGGAUCCUUCUCAGAAAAAACAACAUUGGAUGUUAAGUUUUGUAAUUCCCCAAUUAAAGGAUCACCAAUUAGGAUUGAUGUUCAACAGCCUGGAAUCAUAAGCAAUAUUGGUCUAUCAACAGGUAUUGUGGAUUCUGAUAAAGGUAUCCAAGAUUUAGUGAUGUCUGAAAAUGGUUGGUACUUAGUUAUUUGUAACACAGAUGGAGCAUUUAGAUUUGAAAAUUCAGGAGCAUUUGUCAGUAAAAUAGAAAUACCAAGUAAUGUUCAAACAGUUCGCAAAUUGAAAAAUAACAACCUAAUAUUUUUAAGCACAAAUAUUACUUCAACGCUUAAUAAUGAUAGUUAUUUAACAGUUUGCAAUCAUGAUGGUAAGUUCAUUAAAUCAAUUUCUCAUGCAGCUUCAUAUAAAUUUCCGAUCGGUAGUGGUAUUGAUGUAAAUGAAGAUUUAAAUUUAGUAUAUGCACCUGAUCCAAACCAACAUUGUGUACAUGUAUACAACAUGGAGAGUAAACUUAAAGAGAAAACCAUUGGAAAGUAUGGUGGUCUUGAAGGAGAAUUAAAUAAACCUUCAGAUGUUGCUGUCACAAAAGAAGGAAGCCUCAUUGUGGCUGACACUUACAAUCACAGACUGCAAUUAUUUAGUCCUGAUGGUAAAUUUAUUAAAGUUCUCAUUGGCGGAGGGGAUGCAGAUGGUAUGGUGAUAAGGCCAUCCAGAGUAGGUGUUGAUUAUGAUGACAACAUUAUUGUUGCAAGUGAAUGCAAAGUUCAGUUAUUUGGCAGCUGUGGCAAGCUCAUUAGAGUAAUUCAUAAAAUUCAAAACAAAGAUACAUAUUUUGCAUUUUCAAUUGUCACUCGCUUUCCUCGAAGACUUGCAUUAGCAGAAAUUAAUUCAAGAAUGAUCCAGUUAAUUAAUUAUUAG